AUGGGUCUCUGCAUGUCUAGCAGCGCAGCAGCUGUGGCGGCGGUGCAGGCCGAUGGGGCUGCCGCGUCGACGGCGAUGGUGCUGCUGCCGACGGGCGAGCUGCGGGAGUACCCGCCCCGGGCCACAGCGGCGCAGGUGCUCCAGGAAUCUGUCGAGGCAGGAGGCGGCUGGUUCCUGUGCGACGCCGACGCGAUGGGGUUCGAAGGCGCCGUGUCCGCCGUGGGCGGGGCAGAGGAGCUCCGCCCGGGGCAGAUAUACUUCGUGCUCCCUGCAGAGGCAGGCCGCAACGGGCUCCGCCGGGAGGACAUGGCUGCUCUCGCCGUGAAGGCGUCAGCCGCGCUCGUCAAGAAAGCCAGCAGCGGCCGGCGGGUCCGCGCCGGCUCUGUGUCGCCGCUCGUGUUCGCCCCUCCGGAGGAAAAGAUCGACCAGAGCACCGCCUACAAGACCGUGCCGGCGCUGGCGGCGAAGAGGCGGCAGGUGGCGCGCGCGAAGAGCGCCGGGAGGAUGCAGACGCGGUUCGCGCCUGACCUGACAGCCAUUCCCGAGUGUGCGGAGUGA